GAAUGACUUUUUGUACAGAGAUUUUUGGUUGUCUCAUGCACAGAACGGUGGACCACUUUGCAUAGCAAGGGGUGGAAGGUUUUAUGUAGCCUUCUCAAGAGAUCAACUACAAAACGUUUAUGUGCAGCAGAAGAUGAGGAAACAGAGCCAGACGGUUUGGGAUUUUCUAUUGAAAGGGGCAUGCAUAUCUGUUGCAAGUUCGGCAACCAAAAUGCCCUCAGAUGUAAUGUCAGCCAUGGUGGAAAUUAUAUCCGAAGAGGCUGGAUUUUCAAGGGAAACUGCUGUUUUGCAGCUUAGGAGAUUGGAAAAGGUUGGUAGAUACCAUGUUGAAGCAUGGUCCUGAUCUCUGCUGGGUUCUUGCAUUAUGGGACAAUUCCAUUGCAGGGAAGAAAAACUAGCUUCUAGCUUGUUGUAAAGGUACUGGAACUUCAAAAUUGAUUGACAAUUGCGCAAGAUAUAUAGCAAUACAGUGUAUGAUCGUUAACAUUAAUUUAUCUAGCAGCUUUGCUUCCCAGAAGAGAUCUUGGAAAGUUUGUUGUGAUGCUGCUUUGUAGCAAUUGCGCAAGAUAUAUAGCAAUACAGUGCA